AUUGACAUAAAGAACUUAAGACCAUUGUCAGUUUGCUGUAAUAAGUAAAGCUUUAAUGAAGAAAUUAUUAUUUACAUUUUAUUUUUUACAUAAAAUUACUAGGAUCGCUAAAUAUUUAACCGCAGGUAUCAGUCAUAUCAAUCACAAAGAAAAUGGUUUAUUAAACCAUUGUGAGAACCCAUAUCGGCCAUAUCAAAGCAAAAAAUAAAACUAUAUCGGUUCUUGCUAUCAUCGUCGCCCCAACCCUUGUAUUGAGUACUCAAAUAGUAAACCCAUCCAAAAGGUCUUUAAAUAAUAAAAACCACCCAGCACAUACCCCGUUUUGUCACGAGUGCGCAGGUAAUCACGAAACGUUUCCGACAUCGCACAGCGUAUACAAUAAUAAUUCCACGCGGCGCUCUGGACAGUUCUAGUAAAUCGACGAAUUAUCUUAUUUUUACAGUUCGGAACCCAAAUCAAACGAAUCAACAAACAACCGUCCUCAAAUCAAAGACGAUCAGCCGAGAAGUUCAGACUCACAGUGUCUUCGCAAUGUAUCUACGGAGAAGCAUAAUGAGUGUUAACCGUGCUGGGCACGGCCUACGCCGGCUCGCGUCGAAGGCCCUGGUCUACUCUGAAGAGGUGCUCCACGCCAAGACUGCCGGCAGCCCCAUCGUAGCCCUGGAAUCCACCAUCAUUACUCACGGCAUGCCCUACCCACAAAAUUUGGAAACAGCGGUGGCUGUAGAAACUAUUAUAAGAGAAAAGGGGGCUGUACCAGCCACCGUGGCCAUUCUGAAAGGACAGCUGACCGUCGGUCUGACUCGGGAGCAGCUGGAAUAUCUGGCCCGCGCGGAGGGCGUAGUGAAGGCCUCGCGGCGGGACCUGGCGCCCGUGGCGGCGGCGGGCCUCGACGGCGCCACCACCGUUGCCGGCACCCUCGUCGCGGCAGACCUAGCCGAUAUACCUGUAUUUGUAACCGGUGGUAUUGGAGGCGUGCACCGCGAGGGCGAGAACACGCUGGACGUGUCGGCGGACCUGACGGAGCUGGGCCGCAGCCGCGCCGCGGUCGUCUGCAGUGGCGUGAAGUCCAUCCUCGACAUUGGGAAGACGCUCGAAUACCUGGAAACUCAAGGCGUGUGUGUGUGCGCAUUUGGAGAAUCUGACGCGUUUCCGGCGUUCUACACUCGGCGUUCGGGUCACCGAGCACCGCACCGCACGCCCACGGCCGCCCACGCCGCGCGCCUUCUGGCCGCGGCGCGGAAGCUGUGUCUUGCGUCCGGUACCAUCAUCGCCGUACCCGUGCCUGAGGAAUAUGCUAUGGAUGAAUCAGUUAUAAAUGAAGCAAUUACCCUUGCUUUACAAGAAGCCAAAAGAAAAGGUAUCCAUGGGAAGGAAGUGACUCCUUACAUUUUGGCUGCUGUCUCAGAAGCAACAGGGGGCAAAUCUCUCGAUACCAACAUGGCCCUCAUAAAGAACAAUGCUAAAGUUGGCGCCGAUAUUGCUGUUGAGUUUAACAGACUCAAGAAUGUCGACAAUUUAGCGAACAAUUUCAGCAAUGGAUUCUCAAGGGGUGUAGAUAAUCCGGCCGGCUCUCAAUCGUUCCACACCUCGUGUAGGUCGCGCGGAAGCGCGCCGCUAUCGCCGAACGAGCCCGCUGCGUCCGAGCCUGUGCUCGUCAUCGGCGGGGCCAACGUAGACAGAACCUACAGAGUAGCAGAAGAUUGCAUCAAGUUGGAUGGCAGUACGCACCCCUGCGCGAUGGCACAGUGCGGCGGCGGGGUCGCGCGCAACAUGGCAGAGGCGCUGUGGCGACUGCGCGGCGGGCGCGCGCGCUUGCUCACCGCCGUCGGCGACGAUGCUGACGGCCACUACCUUACUCGGAUCGCACCAGGACUGCUACUGGACGGAUGCAUGGUUCGAGGUGCCCGCACGCCUACAUACGCUGCCAUCAUGGACGCCCGAGGAGAGUGUCAACUAGGGCUUGGGGACAUGGCUCUCCAUAAUCACAUCUCUAUCGAACUCGUGAACAGGCACAUGGAUGUUUUGGAAAAGGCGCCAGUCGUAGUCCUAGACGGAAACGCACCACAAUCCACCAUCAAGUACGUGAUUCAACAUUGCAGCGAAAUAAACAAACCAGAGAGCUCAAGAAGAAAUUCAAAUGUGACAGCAAAACUGUAAUCGACACCACAACAUCGACAAGCUUAUAUAGAAGGCAAGCCCACCGUCUCCGUAAAUCAUAAAAUAAUACUACGUCUACACUAAAAUUCGGUUACGUCAUUUAGUCAAAGGUCCAACGGACGAGAUUGUGAAAUACAUGUAUUGAUCUGAAAUAAAUUGUAUGUCGAGCA